CCCAUGAGCGCGUCGACGAGCGUGCCGCCGGCGCCCAUCAGCACCACCCGCGGCGCGCCCAUGGCCGUCUCGGCGUCCAGCGGCGGCGCUUCCACCACCUCCACCGCCGCAUCGAUGUCUGCCGCUGCUGCGCCGGCGAGUGCGCCAGCGGCCGCAGCGGCAUUUGCGGCGACGGCGCCAGACGCGACGCUGCCCGACGCCGCAGGCAUCUCGAGCCCGCACGAGCUCACCGACUGGGUCGAGCGCCUCGUUGACGGCCUCGAGGCCAAGUUCAACGGCAUGAGCGAGAGCGUCGAGGUGCGCAUGCGGGAAAUGUCUGCGCGCCUCGACGCGCUCGAGGCGUCCAUCAAGGGUGUCGUCAGUCUGUCGCACGACGAGACGUCGUAGCGUAUGCUCCACCGGGCGGGCGCCGCGCGGGGGGAAUUUUAUACCAGAUUCAUGAGGAGGGCUCAGGCGGGAGAGAGAGGAGGCAGACGGAUCCGCCGAGUGCAUUACGUACAGAUUGAUCGA